AUGCAACGUCCGCAUGCUUUUCAGAAAAGGGGCGGGAACCCCGCUUUAGAACGCUGUGUUAAUGGAAGAAUGCGAUGUUGGCAGUUUUUCCACUUCCUCUGCGUCUCUGCUUUCCACUCUAGGCUAGAGUCUCUAGCCCAAUGCUUUUGUGGCUUUGCUAUCCUGGAGUUGAGUAAGUGGCUGAUGUACGAUUUUCAUUACUAUGUUAUGAAGAAAAAAUAUGGUAAUAACCUUAAACUGUGCUAUCAGGAUUCCCUUAUUUAUGAAAUUUUUACAUCUGACUUUUAUAAAGACCUAUUAGAAGAUUCUUCAUUAAAAAAAUAUUUCGAUUUCAGUGAGUAUCCUAAAGUUCAUCCAUUGUAUAAUGAAGAAAAUAAAAAAGUUGUUGGCAAAUUCAAAGAUGAAUUAAAUGGAUUCAUAAUGCAAGAGCUUUUAGCCUUGAAACCCAAACAAUAUGCAUAUAAAAUUGUUGAGGAAAGACGUCAAGAGUUUGUAGAUUAUUACAAUAAAAGAAUUCAAGAUGAAAUAGAGAAUCCUAAACUUCCAAAAGUUCCAAAACCUGGGGAUGAGGUUAAAAAGAGUAAAGGAAUAAAGAAAAAUGUUGUCAAGUAGUUAAAAGUUGAAGAUUUUCGAGAAAGUCUUUUCAAUAAGAGUAUUGUUAGAAAGAAACAAUGUUGUAUUCGAAAUAUCAAACAACAAUUAUACACCCAAGAACAGGGAAAAGUUGUAUUUGAUAAUGAAAUGACUCAAGCGAAAAUGCUGCAAUUCAAAAGAGUUAUUAUUCCAGAUUCUUUUGAGACUCUGGCAUAUGGUUAUAAAAAUUGAGAUAAAACACUACUUUGAAAAUCAUAUUUUUCUAAUAGUUUUAAAAGUAGUAAACAAUAAUAACCACAAUGAUGUGUUCCAAAAUCUUGAACUUUGAAUGUUGAAAGCUCUAUUUUAUCUUUUUCAUUUCUACUCUUGAGAUAUUCUUGAAGUUGUAAAGGAGGAUCAAGUCCGAAGGAAUCAAAGUAAUAAAUCUUCUUAUUAUUCUUGGAGUAACAUACCCAAUGAGUACCUCGACCAUCUAGAGAAUCUAAAUUUACUAUGCCUACUUCUUUUUCUUUAAUUCCUUCACUCGGCAAAGUAUCUCUCAUAAAAGAUUCCUCUGAAGUUUCUUAUCUUUAAUAAUUUUACAAGUUCUUCAAGAUCAUAAUUUGUCAGAGGUUUAAGAUUUUCUGAAAAAGUUCAUUUAUUUAGCAUUUUUUUAAUUAAAAAAAUUGUUAGCGCAAUAUUUCGACCAUUUCGACCACUGGAUUUCGAGCACAUUCUAGAGUACCGCACUUUUCGACCAUUUUACCAUUUUUGAAAAUUGUUGAAAAUGACACAUUUUCGAAGAGUUAAGACUUGUGUAUGUUAAAAAUAAGCCUUAAAAUGACUGAAAAUGUAGAAAAUUGAUGAUGGGCGAAAAGGUGCGCUAGAACGGCAAAAUACAUACUAUUCGACUUGAAAGGCGAGAGAGGCGUGACGCGCUCGCGGUUUUUUUGGCACGAGUUCAAUUCAACCCCCAGCGACUAUUAAAAUAGCUCGUUUAUCGCUCUUUUCAUUUUUUUUAAAAUUCUUUAUUGAUUUUUUUUUCGUGUGUGCAUUAAAAAAAUAGUAGAAUGAGCUUUUUCAAACAGUCGACGCUUGAAUUGAACUCUGGAAAAAAGAGCCGCGUACGCAAACGCUGCGCGUCCGGCCCAUUUCUCCGCCUCCUUUCAAGUCGGGAUGGUUCGACUAUAUAAGGAAAUUAAUUUAUUUUUCACGCGAGUUUUGUCUCGAACAAACGCUUGAAUUCGACUUUCUGACGUCGAAAAUGAUUUUCGAAGCUGAGAUCAAUUCAACAUUGCAAUUGAAACAAAAGACACUAAUUGUAGGGAUGGGUUUGCAGACGCGCCUACAUGCUGCAGCAUCGCGACGCUACGCUCUACGAGCUCCUUUGUCGGAUGUCCGAGCGUGACUAUAGUCUGUUAAGAUUUCGAAUGUCAAGCAGAUAAUGCUACAUUAUCUUUCGCGUCAAGUUUUCAUCUCCAGGUGACGAUGAAUCUUCAAUAUGACUGCAUUUCUGACUUAUUUUUCAAUCGUCAAGAAAAAAGGAUCAAAAAUCGUCCCGCGCAAUAAAAAAUCGACGUGAAAAGUACUGUGCGAGCAGCUGCUUAACACUUAAAAUAUAUAACAGACUUUAUUCAGGUUGGGCAACGUGCGUUGAGUUCGAAUUCACAACUAACGCCUCUUUAUUUUCCCAUUUUUUCCCUGCUCAAUCAACGUCUUUCAUGCAUCUAA